CAGCACAGGCCGGGGGCGAUCAUGGCUCAGAGCUUUGUGCAGAGCAAACUGAAACCCUCCAAGGUGACCAUGUUUGAGAAGCCCACGUGUCCCUUCUGCGUUAGGGCCAAGGGGGUUUUAACUAAAUACAACUUUAAGGAUGGACACCUGGAAAUCAUUGACAUCUGCAAGUUGGAUUUCAUGUCCAGCCUCCAACAGUAUUUUAAGCAGUCGACAGGAGAGAGUACGGUACCCCGUAUAUAUAUUGGUGAAAAAUGUAUUGGUGGAUGUUCUGACUUGGUCCCCCUGGAGAACAGCGGAGAGCUGGAAAAAGCGCUGCAGUCUAUUGGUGCAUUGAGUGAUUAAGCCUAUAUUGUUGAAAGAAAACUUGAUGAAGGCAACAGGGCCCUGUGGUUGCAGUGCAGAGAAGGCCGCAGUACAUGAGUUGAUUGCUCAGGCUUUGCUGAUAUUAGCAUUUAUAUUGCAAUAAGAUCUUAGUUUGUUCCUACUUUGUUAUUUUCAUUGUUUUUUAUGACGUUAAAGAGUUUACAUUGCAUUACCCAAUAAAAUCUUGCUACACGCAA